CAUGCGCUACAGUACUGACAGCUCAGUUGUGCAGUGAGCGCCUGCGCGGUGACGUCAAGAGGGGGCGGGUCCAGAUGUUGAUUCUUCCCGAGCAGGACGUAGAGAAGAGUACAAGCAGCCUGAGUACCUGGAAUUCAGUGUUUGAGAGAUGACUUGUUGAAAAUGAGACAGUUGUGGAUAACACCCUCGGAGACUCAAGUCUUUUCUAACAUGCUCCAGUGACCAGUUUUUUAAAUUUAAUUUCGUAAGCGCUUUCUCUCUUUUCCAAAUGAGCAUGGAGGUGGAGAGUGUUCCUGUGGAUAACCUAAUAGACUUUGACCCGAUUCCUUGUGGGGUAGAUCCCUGUGCUGUCAAUCCUUGCACAGUUGAUCCUUGCACUCUGGAUCCCUUUUUGCUGGAUCCUUACACGGUAGACCCUUGUGUGCUGGAUUCCCAUGCGCUGGACCCAUGCACGGUAGACCCUUGUGUGCUGGAUUCCCAUGCGCUGGACCCAUGUAAGGUAGACCCUUGUGUGCUGGAUCCCCAUGCACUGGACCCAUGCACGGUAGACCCAUGUGUGCUGGAUCCCCAUGCGCUGGACCCAUGCACGGUAGACCCUUGUGUGCUGGAGCCCUCUCCCCCUGUGGCGAAUCACAAUGGGAAUGGCCACGGCCAUGGCGAGGACCCAGGCAAUGAGAGCGAGGCCACCGAAUCGGCAGACAGCGAAAACGAAGCUUCCGACUCGCCGUCCCGCAGCGGCUGGAGCCACUCACAACGCUCCUCCUCCAACGAGUCCUUCUCCUCCAAUCUGAGCACAGAGUUUGCGGAGGACGAGGAGUCGGCAGAGCGCAGGGAAUUCAUAAAGAAAUACGUGGAGAAGAUCUUUCAUAGAGGAGAUGAGAUUGAACAGGAGGAGAAGGCACGCUUUGGAGAGCUCUGCAGCGGAGAAAAUGGCAAAGGCAGGGAGUGGUUCUCCAAAUAUGUCAGCGCCCAGCGCUGUAAUUCCAAGUGUGUCUCCGAACAGACUUUCUACAGACUCGUCCAGUCGUUUGCUGUUGUCCUCUUUGAGUGCUACCAGAUGGAUGACUUUGGCCCUGCCAAAAAUCUCAUGACAAUGUGUUUCACUUACUACUACAUAGGAAAAACACACUUGUCUCCUACUGACUUCAUGGAGAAGCCGGCUGCAGGUAUCGACUCUUACCUGAAAACUGCCAACAGCUGGCUGGCAGGCAAGAAGGACAUCGCAGAGCGGCUACUGAAGAACACAUCAUCCAAGACAGAAAACGUCAAGGGCUUCUUUGGAGGCCUGGAGAGCAAGCUACGAGGACCAGUCGGCAAAAAAAAUGAAGAUGGUGAGAAUCAGCCAGAGAAGAAACCAAAAAAGGCUGUGGUGCUGGAUUGCCCUGAUGAAAAGAAAGGAGAGAAGAUCUAUCUGUACACACAUUUAAGACAGCAGCCGAUCUGGCACACACUGCGGUUCUGGAACGCGGCCUUUUUCGAUGCAGUCCACUGCGAGAGAAGGAAGAGAUCUCCCACUACAAGGAGGGAUGCUGGGGAGGAAAAGGAAAAGAGGGAGAAGUGGUGUCACAUGAGCCAGGAAGAAAAGGAUGACAGCCUGCGGUUCAAUGAAAAUAUUGCAUUCGGUCAGCUGGGAACCUUCACACACAACAUGCUGGCCUUCGGACUGAGCCGGAAGCUCUGCAACGAUUUUUUGAAGAAGCAAGCGAUCAUUGGCAAUCUGAAUGAAGAGCAAAACAAGCUGCUGAGCGAUCAUAUUGAAGAGAUGGCUGUGGAAUAGGAGUCUGAAGAAGUGAACUCAACGUUGUGGCUAGAGAUAUAUUUCCUGCAUGACUUCGAUCUACAGAUAAAUAUUACAAAGUGUAUAUUUUGGAAAACAGAUGCUGAUAAUUAUUUAUAUUUAUAUUUCCUGCUAGUCCCAAAUUGCUUGUGUUGUAUGUGUGGUACACCUUACUGAUAUUCAUAUAUACAUACAGCUAUGUCCAAAAGUUUUGCAUCACUUAGAAUUUUAGGAUUGAGACAUAAUUUAAAAGAAAAACUAUAUGAACACAAUUUAUAUCUUAUGUAACAUCAUGAUAUCGGAAAAGUCUACCAGAAGCCAUAAUAGUAGUACAAUAUUUCAUGUUAGGUUUCGAAAUGUCACAUUUUUCAAUGUGUCAGUUUUUUGUUUUAUAUAUGGAAAACUACAAAGCGGUAUGUAAUUCAGUAUGUUAACGUAACAUUAUUCAGUAGUUUUCAUUCGACUUAUUGAAGUAAAAUUUGUUUAUUCUAUAGGGUGAUGCCAAAUUUUUGCUCAUACAUGCAUACAUGCAUACAUUAUGCAUGUAGUUAUGUGAGGAGUUGCACUGAAACAAUGUGCCAAAAUGGGCUGCAUGAAAACAUUCACACAAUGUGGUAUUAAAACAGUAUUGCUUGCUGCAUUCCAUAGUUAGUCGUUUGUUCUUGUGGUUGUUUUUUUUGCUUAGUUAUUAUACUAGAAUGAAUGGGUCUGCAGUAUUAAAUCAUGCAUUGAUAAUUUCCUUAUUUAUAAAGGAGAAAGGGUUUAUGCAAGACAAAUAGUCUGUAUUUAAUAUGGUGUGCAGUGGUUUCUAAUUCAAGACUUGUUAAGCCAUAGCCUACAAAAUCACACAUCUUUACAAAAUCUGAACCAGUCAUUAUUUAAACAAAAUAUAAAUCAAAGCGCAGAGGUGAACCUAGUCUUUUUCUAAAUGCAAAAAUCAUUUCAGAUAGUAAAAAGUAGCAACUGUUUAACUGUUUUAAUAUCAGACCAAGUCCAGUCUGUGAAAAAUGCCAUUAAUCUACCAGGAGGUACUUCCAAUAGACAAACAAAUAUGAUUAGUGAUCCAUUGUAGAUGCAUAUUUCUUAAUUGGGGUACUGUUGGGAAUGGGGUGUUUAAUGAAAAUACUAUCCUCCACACUUUUUUAAAAGAAGGUAAGAAGCAAAGCAACACUUUUAGCUUAUUUUUGUAUUUAAUCUUCUUUUUUUUUUUUUUAACAAGGCAGCAAUUUCAAAACUUUCUGCACACUGGAGUAGAAAAGUGAAAUAGUCGAGGCUACUGUGUAGCACCAACUUUAGAUAAAAACUCAAUUCAUAAUAAAAUCAAGUACGAUCAUCCCAAGCAGCUAAGCUGCACUAAUAAUGGAUUUUUAUAAUGUGCUGUAGAUGUCGCAAUAGUGAGUCAGCGUACUGUCCUUUGCUUUAUUUAACUUUUAGGAUCUUAUUCUGGACUCCAUCGCAUCAAAUUCUUUUUGGAUUCAUUUCCAUUCAAGACUGCCCAGACACCUCAGCAUGUCGGUUUUGAUACAGUACUUCACGGGUCCUGACAGAAUACCUCUGAGAGCUCAAUGCUGAUGUCUUAUCUGUCAUGUUCUCUAACUAAAUUAGUCAAAAGUGGAGAUUCAGGGAGAGUGUGUGAGCCCAAUCUCUUAAAACACACACAUAAAUCUGUCAGGGAAUGCAAACAACCCAGUCUGAUGUUGAUUGUGCUGGCUUGGCAAUUAGUCUUCAGUGACAAACCUUCAGGGAGGUUUGCUAACCCCUUGUGGUUUAUUAUUUAGAGAAUAUUGAAUCCAAACUGCAAAAGUUUCAGCAGGCUUUGAAAAAUGACAUUUGCCUUCAGUAUGUUAGACAUCGUAGACUAUGUUAUAUAGGAAUUGCCUGAAGAAAAGUCUAGUAUUACAUGUGGAGAUGCAAAAUAAUCAAGAAAACCCAGGCAAUAUUCUAAAGAGCACUUCUAAUAAUGACAGGAAUUUAUCUUUUUCUGGGUAGCAAUAGGUGAGGGCAAUUCCUUUAAUUGAUGGUGUAACAUACGGUGUGACCAGUAGGUGGCAGUGAUGCAUCAUCUUGUGGAGUACUCUAUGUAUAACUGCUGAUAGCUUUGGUCUUUGAAAUUGGCUUAUUUAAAGAGGAAAUGUAUGUAUUUAUUGGUCAUCUGUAGUGUUUUUGAGCCUGAUAAUGCCUUGCUGACUCAGAGGAUGGGAUAUUGGGAACUGAUCAGUUAUUUAUGUCUUAUGUGUUGGAUUAUGUUUGAAUAAUUGUUAGAUUACUGUACUCGGGGGGUUUAAAUGUCUUACACUGUUGAGUAACAACACUUGUAUUGUCAUGUGAAAUUAGCAGAGAGGGUGAAGUUGGAUUUGUCACCUGCAUGGUGUUGUGUGCAACACCAGUGGUUUUGGUUCCAUAUAUAGACUGCAACAUCAUUAAACUUAUUACUGUUUGUUCAAAAACACCUCUCAGUUUUUGUGCAAUUAUGAAUAUUAGUAGCCUAUGGUUUCAUUUUGAAUUGUUUAGAGGAAUAGUAUGGUAUGUUUCAAUCUGCCACUGGGAUUGUUGUGAAAGUGAUUUGAAAUCAGACUUGUUAAUUUCCAUCAGCAGCAGAUCUAGAUCAAAUUGACUUCAAUUGGGACUCUCGUCAGCCCCAUUUAGGAUUGCCGGCUGGCAGAUUUUGAUCUCUCCAAUUUGCAAUCAUGGUCAAAGUUACUUGCUGUAUUAUACUCUAAUGUUAGGGAAACAUUAGAGGUUGGUUAAUUAAUUUAUGCCUAGCAAUUAUACAACAACCGUGAUGCAUAAGUGUGUAAUGUCCAGUUGCCGAUCGGAUUGUUGAUUUGUAGACUGCAGAUGGAACCAGCCAAUAUUGGAACGAGAUAAGAUUGAUUUUUACAGAGUAAUGGUGUAGGUGGAACUAAGGUCUGGUGCCAUUUUUUAUUAUACAAAUGGCAAAACUAAACUAAAAAAAAUUCAUUUUAUUUAAAAAGCAGCUCAAAGAAGGGAUCUCUACCAACCCUGAAAGGGCAUUUUGUAGAUUGAAAUACUUUCCUUGUGAAAUACUUUGUGCACUUUAGUUUGUGAAUACAACCUUUAGAUUGUAUCAAUGGGUCCAGUUUUGUAUAUGUUACUGCAUCAUAUUGGCGUAUUUGAUUGGUUAGUUUCUUUGUAUCAUUAACAACCUGGUAAACCCCUAAUGUGGGUCUGCUGUUUUGUGCUUCGAUUGGGCAACCAGUCCAUGAUGCUUUGUGAAUCAAACAGUUAGUAUAUUUUUUCUGUUUGUGUUUUAAACUAUUAGGCAGACAUCCCUAACUGUGUUAUUUACAACCUCAUGUGAUUUGUGGUAGAGCCUCCUAGAGAGAAGUAGCGGUAUGCAAAACAACAAUGUCUUCAAAUGUUCUUAGAAAUGGGCAAUAAAUAACCUUGGAAUGUCUUUGCUAUGUCUUUGGAAUGUAUCAUUGCUAUUAAACAUUUCAUAGUAGUUGUAUUAAGUAUGAUGCAUGGUAGAGUCAAAAUGUUAAGUUGUUAGAGGAGAAAGACAAUGUAUUUGUGUGUGUGUGUAAACUGUCCAACUAGCUUGUGAAAAGCCCAUUAAAUAAAUAAAAGAUAUUUUGUAAAAUUUA